CGGGAACAGUAGCCAAUCGGAUGCGCGCGGAAGGCGGAGCCCCAGUUUCUGGAUACUUCUCCACAGCCACACGUGACGCGCUGGAGUCGCAGGCGGAGUGCAGCAUCAGUGAGCACGGACUAUGGAGCUGAAGAUGCGGUUAUGUGUGGCUCUGCUCUCUCUGAGUCUGUGUCUGGGCCUCAUGGGUCAUGUGAGGGCGCAGGAGGAGGCCGAAGACAUGGACAUGGACGUGGAAGAUGCCAUCGAUGACAUGCAAGAGGAAGAUGUUGAGGAAGAGGAACAGCAAGUCCCUUCUUCCCCGCCAGUGCCCACGGUGACAUAUAAAGCUCCAGAGCCGAUGGGAGAGCACUACUUUGCCGAGUCAUUUGAUAAAGGAACACUUCAAGGAUGGGUUUUAUCCCAGGCCAAGAAAGAUGGCAUCGAUGAGGAAAUUGCAAAGUAUGAUGGUAAAUGGGAGGUGGAGGAGAUGAAGGACACUAAACUCCCGGGUGAUAAAGGGCUGGUGCUGAAAUCUAAAGCGAAGCAUCACGCCAUCUCCGCUCUUCUCCUGCGACCUUUCACCUUUGACACCAAACUGCUCAUCGUCCAGUAUGAGGUGAACUUCCAGACUGGCAUUGACUGUGGCGGCGCUUAUGUUAAACUGCUGUCUCAAACCCCUGAUCUUGACUUGGAGGAGUUUGUGGAUAAGACUCCGUACACCAUCAUGUUUGGGCCUGAUAAGUGUGGUGAGGAUUACAAACUGCACUUCAUCUUCAGACACAAGAACCCCAAAACCGGCGAGUUUGAGGAGAAGCAUGCUAAGAAGCCCGACGCUGACCUGCGCACAUACUACACCGACAAGAAGACUCACCUCUACACACUGGUGCUGAACCCUGACAACAGUUUUGAGAUCCUGAUCGACCAGACGGUGGUGAACAGCGGCAGUCUCUUGACUGAUAUGACCCCCCCCAUCAACCCCCCGGCCGAGAUCGAGGACCCCGAUGACCUCAAACCAGAGGACUGGGAUGAGAGACCCAAGAUCCAGGACCCAGAUGCCGUCAAACCUGAGGACUGGGAUGAAGACGCUCCUGCUAAGAUUGCUGAUGAAGAUGCUGUGAAACCUGACGGCUGGUUGGACGAGGAGCCGGAGUACAUCAGUGACCCCGAUGCCCUCAAGCCAGAAGACUGGGAUGAGGAUAUGGAUGGCGAGUGGGAAGCACCUCAGAUCCCCAAUCCUGUCUGUGAAACGGCCCCCGGCUGCGGCCCAUGGGAGAGACCAGUGAUCGACAACCCCAACUACAAGGGCAAGUGGAAGCCACCCAUGAUUGACAACCCUAAUUAUCAGGGAGUGUGGAAGCCCAGGAAGAUCCCUAACCCAGACUUCUUUGAGGACCUGCACCCGUUCCGUAUGACCCCAAUCAGCGCCGUCGGUCUGGAGCUCUGGUCCAUGUCCUCCGAUAUCUUCUUUGACAACUUUUUCGUCACCUCUGAUCGUAACGUGGCCGAGCGAUGGACGGCUGAUGGCUGGGGUCUGAAGAAAGCAGCUGAGGGAGCCGCCGAGCCGGGCCUGAUGAAUCAGAUGAUAACCGCUGCUGAAGAGAGACCCUGGCUCUGGGUCGUCUACGUCCUGACUGUGGCUCUGCCUCUGGUGCUCAUCAUUGUCUUCUGCUGCACUGGAAAGAAGAGCUCCGAGUCCACAUCUGCAGCUGAGUACAAGAAGACAGAUGCACCACAGCCAGAUGUGAAGGAGGAAGACGAGGAAGAGGAAGCCAAGGAGGAGGAAUCAGAAGCAAAGAAGAGUGAAGAAGAGGACUCCACAGGAGAAGCAGAGGAGGCUGCAGAGGAUAAUGACAAAGAUGACAUUACAUCCAGCCAGAGAUUAGAGGAUGACAUUCUGAGAAGGUCUCCCAGAAGCAGGAAACCAAGAAAAGACUAAUGGACUUCCUGAAUCUUUAUAUCCCAUCAUCCCUCUCCUCCCGCUCCAUCUUUCCUCCCCUCACUCCCUCCUUCCCUGUUGUUCUUCUCCAUCCUUGCCGCCAUAAAGAUGGUCAGAGUGAAACGUGUGGUCUGCCUCUCAACCAGCAGCCAAAUGAACGUCUUCUCAAGCGCCCUCGAGGAAGUCGAUGGUCACCAUACUGACCAUGACACUCAAAUAGCAUAGAGACUUUCUCCGUAACUAACAAUGAAACACAAUCUUUACCAUUCCUGAAGGGUCAGCUGUCACACACACACACACGCUUCCAGACAGUGUUCCUGAACACAUGACCACACUGACACUCUUGGUAUUGUAAGGUUUACAGGCCAACAGCUUUAUUCCUUUGUUCCAGAAUUACUCAAGAAGCCAUUGGCGUUUGAUUGGAUAUAUGUUCAUUAUAAACUAAAACUGGCCACUUGAUUGCUUGGACAUACACCUAGGUUUUAACUAGUUUAAUUUUCUAUUCCAUGAGGUUCUUCAUUUUGUCGUGGCGUAGACUGGGCGUCCAGUAAAAGGCCAAACCAUGACCUCAGUAAGGUAUCCAGGGAGAAUGCCAGGUAGAUUCGUAGGCUCUAGUGUACUGCCUUACUUGUAGGAAACAAGAUUUGCUAAUAUUUUUUCUGUGAAUGUACUGUGAGUUUUGUCUGUUUUUUUUCUUCUUUUGUUUGCAAUUCAAUUCAAAUGGACUUUUUACUAAAUCAUGGAUUGCUGUACAAACGUGUUUUCUGGUCUUGAACUGAUGUCGAUUCUAACCCGCUUAGCCCAAUUACGGGACGAUUGACAGUUUUUACUUUCUUGCCCUCAUUGUGUUAUUUGUAUGAUGGUAACUGUGGAACCUUUUUAUCUUUCUCACUGUGAUGUCAUAUCCUGUCCAGCCACUAUUAGCAGCAGCAGCAGCAGCAUCCAUUACAUUGAACCAAUUAUGUUCACAUCAGGAAAGAUCGAGGACUAAGUUUGAAUGUUUGAGCGCGCAUCUCAUGUCACA